UCUUUCUUUCCUUGUUAGCAUUCAACACUUUGUAUAACGCCUGAAAACUGCGUGGAAUAACGAACAAAUAAAUAGCAUCUUUUAACACCAUUCGACCAUCAUCCAAAUUAAGUAGUCUCCCUUUUGUACUUUCACUUUCAACAGGAAACGACUGGGCUAAAGUUGGCGACUUUUAAGGACUAAGAAAAUGGACUGGUUUACUGCAAUAGAAUUUCUGCUAAUAAUCUAUCUGGUUGUGCAACUGCUGCGGUUAUUAAUUGCUGACUGCGAUUUGCAACUACAGUGGGCGGAAAAGUUUGGAAAAUCUACAGGUGUUUUAGCCAGAAAGGUUGUUUGGGUGACUGGAGCAUCCAGUGGUAUUGGUGAACAUUUGGCCUAUGAACUGGCCAAAGCUGGAAGUCGCCUAGUGCUGACGGCGCGACGUGAGAAGGAACUACAGAUGGUUAAGAAACAGUGCUUAUCGUAUGGCAACAUGAUGGAUGCUGACGUCCUUGUGCUGCCAAUUGACCUCUUGAACUUUGAACUUCACAAGCCUGCAGUGGAAGAGGUCAUCGCAAGAUUUGGACAGAUAGACGUCCUAGUGAACAACGCUGGGAGGGGUCAGCGGGCAGCGUGGGAGAGGACAGAUCUUCAGGUGGAUCGCGACAUGCUGGAGAUCAAUGUUCUCUCAGUUCUCUCCCUUACCAAAGCUGCACUGCCGCACAUGCUGGCGAGGGGGGAGGGACACAUCGUUAACAUGAGCAGUGUGGCCGGAAAGAUUGGGGCACCUCUGUCUGGAUCAUACACCGGGGCCAAGCAUGCACUGCAGGGCUGGUUUGAUUGUCUGAGAAUUGAGAUGUUUCCCAAAAUUCAUGUGACAAAUCUUUGCCCUGGGCCUGUCUUUUCAAACCUGCUAAAAGAUGCUUUAACUGAGAAGAAAGGGGAGGUGUGCAAUACAGAGAUGAAGAAGGAUGAUCGUCGCAUGUCGACAGCCAGAUGUGCGCAGUUGUGUGCCAUUGCCAUGGCAAACAAGCUUGAUGAGGUGUGGAUAUCCCAGCAUCCUGUGCUCCUUGUAGUCUACUGCAGCCAGUAUAUGCCAACCAUAUUUAGCUGGAUUUUCAAGCGAGUGGGAGUCAAGUCAGCCAUGAAGAUGAGAGAGGGAAGAUAAAACAGCAGUUACAAUAACAAUGCUUUGUGUUCAACGGAAUUGUGUUUCGGUCUUACACAAAAUGUAUACUUUACUUUCAAAUGUUGAGAGCACUCAAUUGGGUUCUCUUGAUAGUACAGAUUUUUAGCCUGCAUUAGCUUUAUUGAAUUGGUAAAUAAUUGCCAAUAGUUUGAAUAUAUGAAUAUGUAGUUGUUGAGCAAGUGUCCAUCCGACAGUCAUCAAAGUAAUUUGUGACCUUAUUUCAAAGUUGUUCAUAUUGUGGUCAAUUGUAUUUUCUAGGACUGUAAAGCUUAAGACAGAUUUGAAAUGUGAACAAUUUUAAGAGAAUGUAUUCAUCGAAAACUGCGGGCCUAUAGGUUUCAUUGUUGGAAUGUAAAAUCCUAAAAUGGUC